AUCACUCAUAUAUCGAUCUCACUCUCUCUUUCUUUCUUCUACCUCCUUCUCUCUCUUCCUCUCCCUCUGCAUGCAACCAGAGAUGGUUAGUAUGCAGAGAAUUCUGGUGUUUUCUGCUCUUCUGGUUUUUGGGGUGUUUAUAAGUUCUUCAUGGGCAGAAGAAAAGCUUGUAAAUCUGACCAGGCUGCAGAUGUUCGUCGAUGAGCUACCUGACAUGCCUAGAAUCCAAGGCUUUCGGGUUGUCAAUGGUGUUCCAAGACCCAGGUCAUUCAAGAUUGGCAUGUACCAGAAGAAAUGGAAAUUCCACAGAGACAUACCGGAAUCGACGGUGUACGCCUACGGUACAAGCAAGCACACAGCAACAGUCCCUGGUCCUACAAUCGAGGCCCUCCAUGGCAUUUCCACCUCCAUUAGGUGGCAAAAUAAUAUCCAUUCAACCAAGCACAUCCUCCCUUGGGACCCCACCAUUCCGACAGCCGCACCUUCCACCAAAAACGGCAUUCCAACGGUGGUGCACCUACACGGCGCCAUCGGUGAACCCGAGAGCGACGGAAAUGCUAACUCGUGGUUCACCGCAGGGUUCCGAGUUCGUGGUAGCACUUGGUCGAAGAAAACGUAUCGCUAUUACAAUCAACAACAACCUGGAAAUUUAUGGUACCAUGACCAUGCCAUGGGGAUGACUAGGGUGAACCUCUUAGCUGGCCUUGUUGGGGCCUACAUUAUCCGGCAUCCAGAUAUUGAAGCCCCACUCGGACUUCCUUAUGGUGAAUUUGAUCGCACAUUGGUGGUUUUCGACCGUGCAUUUAGCACCGACGGUUCCAUAUACAUGGACCCCAGGGGUAACAAUCCCUCUAUCCACCCACAAUGGCAGCCGGAGUAUUUUGGUGACGCUAUCAUAGUAAACGGAAAGGCUUGGCCAAAAUUGACGGUACGACGUCGGAAAUACAGGUUCCGAAUCAUCAAUGCCAGCAAUGCAAGAUUCUUCAAAUUCUUCUUCCCCAACGGACUGAGAUUCAUCCACGUGGGAGCUGACUCAGCAUACCUUGCAAAACCAGUCACAAGCAGGGAAAUUUUGGUGGGGCCAUCUGAGAUCACUGACGUGGUAAUUGACUUUUCCGCGUCGAAGACUAACAGUGCUAUCCUGGCCAACGGCGCAGCGUAUCCUUACCCCACCGGCGACCCGGUCAACGAAGCCAACAGCAAGGUCAUGAAGUUUACGAUUCUCCCCCACUCAGAGGUCGACACGUCGCGUGUUCCGGCGAAGCUAAUCCACUACCCUGUUCCUGAUUUAUCCACUGCUUCGCAGACACGCUACAUUGCUAUGUACGAGUACGCUAGCAACAUUGAUGAGCCGACGCAUCUCUACCUGAAUGCUAAACCCUACGAAGCUCCGGCGACCGAGACCCCGAAAGCGGGGGCGUCGGAGAUUUGGAACGUGAUCAAUCUGACGGAGGACAACCACCCGCUGCACAUUCACCUUGGGUUGUUUGUUGUACUUGAUCAGACUGACUUGGUGAAUGUGGAAGAGUUCAAAGAUUGCAUGACUAAGAGAAAUGACGCUGUCAAGUGCCAAGUAAGCAAGUAUGCACGUGGCAACAAGACGGAGGUGCCAGCUCACGAGAAGGGGUGGAAGAACGUUUUCAAGAUGAGACCUGGUUGUGUGACAAAAAUUCUGGUGAGAUUUGCUUACAUACAUACGAAUGCAUCCUACGUAUUCGACCCGACUGCCAAGCCUGGCUACGUCUACCAUUGCCAUAUCUUAGAUCAUGAAGACAAUGCGAUGAUGAGACCUCUGAAAAUAAUCCGUUGAGAUAUUGGAUACUGUCAAAUCGUAUAGGUUUUCGAAUAAUCGAUCAGGAACUCGGGUUUAAGCUAGGUGGUGUUUAUGUCAUACAAGUGCUUAAUUAGGUUGUCCAAAUAGUUAGCAAUAAAACUCUGUUUCUCUGGCUAGCAAAGAUGUGAUCAUAUAUAUAGUUUGCAAAUAGAUAUUCAUCAAGUUUUUGGUAUAUAGUUGAUUCAUUCAAAGAU